AUGGCCCUUGCAGACAAAUCCGAGGAAACCCAGGUGGCUGAUAUUGCUGUGAAGGCGGUCGAGGAGCCUGCCGAGGUCAUCAAGGCAGUGAUGGUAGAGACAAAAGAGGCUAAAAGGGAGCAACCCGAAGCAGAGGAGGAGGAGGAGAAGGUCAAAGUAACCCAAGAGGCCAAAACUCUGGGUGCAUUUAUACAGAAGAAUUCUUCCUUCAAGGAGGAGAGCAACUUCCUCUCUGACUUAAAAUAUAGCGAGAAAAAGGCCUUGAUGGAGCUGGGAGGAAAGGUUGAAGAGGCCAUCCUCAAGAGCAAGCUCUUCAAGAAGGAGGAGAGGCAGGAAAAGCGGCAAGAAGAUAAAAAAGAGAGACGUCAACCUGAUGGAGAAGGUGAAGAGGAUAACUCGGCUGCCGAGGAGAAGGCCGCAGAGGCCGUGGACAAAGACAUCUCCCUAUGGGGAGUGCCACUUCUGCCAAGCAAGUGCCCGGAGGGAAGCAAUGUAGUCCUCCUAAAGUUUCUCCGAGCUCGGGAAUUCAAAGUAAAGGAAGCAUUUGAGAUGCUCCAGAACACACUCCAGUGGAGGAAGGAAUCGAGAAUUGAUUCAAUCCUCAAUGAAGAUUCCUUGGGUGCAGAUUUUACUAAUGCAUGCUACAUGGAUGGCGUCGAUCGCGAGGGACGUGCAGUUUGA